CCGUUGCAGAAAACUGAACAUGGAGCCCAGGCAAUAAAAAGCUCUUAAGACUCCUGACCAUUUCGCUCUGCAAGUCUCACUCUACUCUCUACCCUCGCUCCUUUCUCUCUCUACUCUCUACACUCGCUCCUUUCUCUCUCUAUAGCUUCUGCGCAUCCGUCUCCUUCUUCCUCUCACAAGCGUCUUCGAGCAACAGUCUGACUGGGCUGGUGCCGCCACUGGUUCAACCUCCUGUCCGGUCUUAAUAACAUAGAGGAGGAUACCAACUUGCCUUUCAAAGAGAAAGACCUAGAAGUGUGCAAUUGAGGAGAGAAUAGGAAGACAUUACUAGACAUGAUGAAAUUUAAUGGGAGGCAAAAGUGCAGCAUAAGUGGCUGAAGAUAGAGAUGCAGCUUGGAGCCAAGAUUAAAGGGUGUGGACUUUGAUCCAAUAUCAGCCUUGGAAUCCUCUAUAGCAUCACAUGAUUGAAGAUGACUUGAUGAAUGCCCCGGAGUUUCCAUAUGUGGCAAUUUUUGUCCAAGAAAAGAUGAAAUAGUAGAAAACUGAAUUUGAUACACAAAGAUUUCUUCAAGAGACUAAGCAUUUAUGGAACUGGGCUUGAAUGCAUUACUUGGAUCUUGAUAUCCUACUCAAUCUGGAUAAAAUGGCAGGAUUGUUAUCUGGGGAUCCAUCUCAUCAGGAAAUGUUGGAAAGUGGUUCAUACAGUUCUUCUCGUGACAAUCUGGUGGAGCCAGAUAAUUCUAGCUUUAAUUGGUUCUUUACCCGGAAUGAAAUAGAGGAGAAUUCCCCAUCUAGAAGAGAUGGAAUUGAUUUGAAGAAAGAGAAUAAGUUCCGUACAUCAUAUGGCACAUUUAUUCAGGAUUUGGGGAUGCGUCUUGAAGUCCCUCAGGCGACAAUAGCUACGGCAAUAAUUUUCUGUCAUCGCUUUUUUCUUCAUCAGUCUCAUGCGAAGAAUGAUCGAUGGACCAUUGCAAUAGCUUGCAUGUUCCUUGCUGGGAAAGUGGAAGGAACUCCUCGUUCGUUAUGGAAUGUUAUUCUCAUCUCUUACGAACUCAGAUACAGAAAGGCUGUCCAGGGGCAUAAUCAAAGGAUACUGGUAUUUAAGCAGCAGCGGGAGCUUAUUUUACUAGGGGAGCGGGUGGUGCUCUCUACCCUGGGCUUUGAUCUCAUUGUUCACCACCCAUAUAAGCCUCUUAUUAAGGCGAUCAAGAAUUUCAAAGUUGAAAAAAAAAAAGCCCUUUUGCAAGCGGCAUGGAAUUUUGUGAAUGAUGGGCUGAGGACAUCACUAUUCCUGCAAUUCAAAUCCCAUCACAUUGCUGCUGGAGCUAUCUUCCUUGCUGCUAAGUUUGUUCAAGUGGAGCUGCCUACUGAUGGCGAGGUGGUCUGGUGGCAAGAAUUUGAUGUAACCCCACGACAAUUAAUAGGUUUGUUUUUUCAUGCGAUGAGCAUAUUUAAGGAAAAAGGUGAAGUAAUGCCUGUAUUUAUUCUUUCUCUGCUUUUGAGAUUUCUUUUUCUGCUUUUGAGAUUUAAAAUGGAAAGAUGCCAGAAGAUUGAUAUGAUUGUGACUCGCUAUUUUGGGAAGGCUAUUAAUAUGAAAAAUGGGUAUCGGAAAUCUGAUGCAUUGUCCAGACCUUUGUUGUAAUAGUGUUUUGAGUUCGUUUCUUGACUUUUGUGGAUGCACCUGUAGCCAUACACUCACUUUCAGAUUACUUACAACUAGGAGUUUUAGGCCCUCACUCCCAACAUCCAAGAAUUAAAUCCCAAAGCUAACAUUCCCAACAAGAAAAGGAAAAAGGGAAUGGUUGGAAAACCCAAUUAAAUCAUGCGAACAUGCAACUUUCCAUGUCACAAGUUACCCAGCCAUUUAGAACCCAACUGAACCCCUUUCCAAACGAUUUUACUGGCUGGGUUGCUUGUCACGUAUAAGUUGGGUGUCUAUAUAAUUUCCUUGGGUUUUUCUAAUAAUCACCAAGAAAGAAACACUUUUGGGUGAGUAUCUAGCAUAAUUGUCAAGAUCAAUUUUGCAUAUUAUUUUUUAUGAUGAUGAAAUUGAUAUCGACAUUGAACAAAAAACCAUAAAGCUUUGUAUAUCUGCUUGGAGUUUCAAAUAGGUUUGUAGCAGCUCUUCUACAAUCCAAUGUUAACAGCAGUUGAGGUGAACCGUUCAGCACACUUUGAGUGGAGCAGCAACACAUGAACUCUGUCAUUGACAACUGGCAGUUCAGAGCCGCGAGCAUACAAUUUAAAAUACAAAUAGAUGAGCCACCAGAUGCUGGACCUGUAUGAGCAAGACCGGGCUUCACAGGGGACCAAAGUCGAGGGCAGCACAGGCACAGGCAGCGGCCUGCCCCAAACCAAUUACCAUAACCAAGGUCCAUCUCAAGCAUCACUCAAGGUGCCAUUCUCGAGCGAGAAACCAAAAGCAUCCAUCAUUGGCUUGUCUCAUGAACGACGACAAAACCAUGAAGAGGAUGGCAGGGAUCAUCGAAUGGCCAAGGACCCGCAGCACCAUGGAGAUCAUCAAGCACAAAGGGGCCACAUCCCAAGGACGGGAGGAUGGUAUGAGCAAAACCGGGUACAAGGGGGCCACAUCCCAAGGAUGAGAGGAUGUUAUGAGCAUAACUGGGCGCAAAGGGGCCACAUCCCAAGAACGAGAGGAUGGUAUGAGCAAAACCGGGCUUCACAGGAGACCAAAGGCCAGGGCAGCACAGGCACAGGCUGCAGCCUGCCCCAAACCAAUUACCAUAACCAAAGUCCAUCUCAAGCAUCAGCCAAGGUGCUAGUCUCGAGCGAGGAACCAAAAGCAGCCAAGGUGCUAGUCUCGAGCGAGGAACCAAAAGCAGCCAAGGUGCCAGUCUCGAGCAAGAAACCAAAAGCAUCCACCAUUGGUUCGCCUCAUCAACAACGACAAAACCAUGAAGAGGAUGGCAGGGAUCAUCAAAUGGCCACAGACCCGCAGCACCAUGGAGAUCAUUAAGUGCAAAGGAGCCACCUCCCGAGGAUGAGAUGAUGGUAGUGGGGCCCGGCCUGACAAGAGGUCAUAGAGGUUGCAAGCCUCAGCUCGGAUAUCCCCAAUUUGAAUUUGUUGCCAACAGUGGAGGAGUAAUUCAGAUGAUGACUGUAUGGUUCUUGCAAAUAUUUGCAGAGAUUCAUGGUCGGUCCAAUUCUUUAUUCUUUAUGUAUCAUUUCUCUCUCUCAAUUGUUUAUUCAUUCUCUGUGGGGUUUACCUGUAAGAAUGGCAACGUUCAAAUUCAGUCAGUUUCAUUUGUCACCACGUACGCUCAAGGUUAAGAAGAAAAUGGAGAGCUGGACAAGAUCAUUGACAUUUAUGUAAUUUUCCCAAUCCAAACCGGCAUUGUCAAUCACCAUGAGAUUCAAACAAACACAACGAAGACAAAUAAUCUUUCAUUC